AUGCCAACCAAAGCCAAAGGAGCACAGUUGAGAGAAUUCGUGGUGAUUGGACGUAAGCUACCAUCUGAUAAGGAUCCAAAUCCACCGAUGUACAAGAUGCAAAUAUUUGCUACUAAUCACGUAAUCGCAAAAUCGCGUUUCUGGUAUUUCACGAGUAUGUUGAGGAGAGUGAAGAAGGCGAAUGGAGAAAUUGUUUCCUGCGAGGAGGUGAGUCACUCUUAUAUGUUUCUAUCAUUGGUCUAA